UUAUUCAGUAGCUAAGAAAGUCCCGCGAAUGGAUACGAUUCUCAUGGCCACUACACGCCUCAGAUGCCUCCACGCGUCGACGUCUUCCUCCGCCGUCCCCACCGUAUUCCGUUCGCCGGCGAUACACCAGCUCUCUUUAAGUCGCGCACAUUUGCUUUCCUUCCGAUCGGCGGCUAUGAACAUGUGCGUGAGACGGUCCCGCUUCCCGGUUACUCGGAAAACCACUUCUCCGACGAGACGUGGCGGGUUCUCCGUCAGAGCUUCGACGGAGAAAUCUAUUGCUCCUUCCAAUCGGAAACUAAUCGUAAUUAACUCGGUCGUAAUCAUAGCCUUAGCUGUAGCUAAUCGCGUGCUCUACAAACUCGCAUUGGUUCCGAUGAAGCAGUACCCUUUCUUCUUAGCUCAGCUCAUGACUUUCGGCUACGUCUUGAUUUACUUUACGAUUCUGUACUCGAGGCGCCGUCUAGGCAUUGUGACCGACGAGAUGUUGAGUGUACCCAAAUGGAGAUUUGCUAUCAUUGGUUUUCUUGAAGCUCUUGGAGUCGCCACUGGCAUGGCUGCAGCAGCCAUGCUUCCUGGACCAGUUAUUCCGAUUUUGAAUCAGUCAUUUCUGGUGUGGCAGCUGCUUUUUGCUGUUCUUAUUUUGGGCAGGAGGUUUUUGCCUAAGCAGAUUUUUGGUUGCUUGCUUGUGGCUACGGGAGUUGUGGUGGCUGUUUCAAGUGGAUCUGGAGCAGAUCAAACGCUAUCCGGAAUCGGAUUGCUAUGGCCUGCUGUAAUGGUAGCAUCUGCUGCUUUUCAAGCUGGUGCAUCUAUCACAAAGGAAUUUGUUUUCAACGAUUCUGCAAAGCGUCUUGAGGUAUCUGGCACAUAUUCGUAUUCAUCUAUCCUUCUGAAAGUUUCGAAAUGUUUUUCUUUUGACACUUUACUGAAAUCUAAGCAUAACGCAACAAUGCAGGGAAAGUCACUGGAUAUAUUUGUGGUAAACUCAUUUGGAUCUGGAUUUCAGGCUCUCUUUGUGUUUCUGUUGCUGCCUUUUCUCUCAAACUUGAAAGGCAUUCCAUUUGGCAGCCUCCUUCCAUAUCUAAGAGAUGGUGCCGGCUGCUUCUUCAACAUUGGAGCUAAGAUUUCUGGCUGCGAAGGUGCCCCUAUACUCCCACUGCUGUAUAUAGCCACCAAUCUUGCUUUCAACAUCUCAUUGCUCCAUCUGGUGAAAAUCUCUUCAGCAAUCGUUUCCUCUCUCACUGUGAUGCUCUCAGUGCCAAUAUCGGUGUACAUAAUGUCAAAACCAUUGCCGUAUCUACCUGGAGGAACAAGCUUAAGCUCAAAUUUCAUGAUAGGGAGUAUAGUUCUGGUUCUUGGUCUUCUUCUAUACAACAUUCCUACCACUCCAACUAAGCAAGAUACUAAGACCUCCUAACACACGCACGCACACACUCUCUCUACUUUGGUUUAACCUCUUGGAAAACUGAUACCAAUAUAAUUGUUUCCCAAAGAUCAGAGAAUUAUUUGGGUGAUGUUUUUGCAACUGCUGAAGAAGACCUGGUAUAUAUUCCAUUGACUGAUCAUAUUAAAACAGUGAAGUUUUGAACUA